GGGCCUUGAGUUUUGAGUUUUGAGCUUCUUCCUAUUUUUUUUUUUCUUCUGAUUUUCUCAUUCGUCCUGCUUUGCUUGCUUGCCCAGAAAGUCGCCGAGAAAGUUAAAAGCACGAGAGAAAAACUUACAACGGAGAAGAAAAGCAUAUAACGAGGAUAAAUGGAGUCACCGAAGAAGAUACCUCACGAGAUCGGAGGUCUGAAGAACGAUGCUCUUCGAUUUGGUCUUCACGGCAUCAAGAGCGAUAUCGUUGGAUCUCACCCUCUCGAAUCAGCCUACGAAUCAGGAAAGAAAUCGCAAGAAGAGAUGAAGAGGCAAGUUAUUGCACAUACCUAUGGAGCUGCUCUUCCUUUGAAGAUGGAUCUUGAUAGGCAAAUCCUUUCACGGUUUCAGAGACCUCCUGGACCGAUUCCCUCGUCAAUGCUUGGCCUAGAAGUCUACACAGGAGCUGUAGAUAACUUUGGUUUCGAAGAUUACUUGAACGAUCCUCGUGAAUCCGAGACGCUCAAACCAGUAGACUUUCACCAUGCCAUGGAAGUUAGGCUUGGUCUCUCCAAAGGCCCACCUUGCCCAAGUUUCAUGUAGGUCAAAACGAUUCUUAGUACCAUCAAAGUGUUUCUAUCAUCAAGGCUUGAAUCUUGAAUCUCAUGAGUAAGGUCAUGUAUGAAUUUGUAUCUGUCCAAAAACCUUCACUCAACUUGUUGUUUGAUCUUUUCUCUAUUGCUCUUUUUCGGUAUGCCUGAACAUGAUAAAUCUCAUGAAAUGUGUUCUCAGUUCUCAUUCUCUCUGUUCUGUUGCUGAUUACAGUACUAGUAGUAGUAAUUGGAAACUCCAGAUGUUUUGUGGCUU